CCAUUAUCGUCGGCGCUGGAUCGCUGAUGAAGGCUGGAACAUUAAACAGCCGCAAUCGUCCACUACAAAACCACAGCAACGACAACCGAGCACUACUAGUAUUUUUCAGAAGACCGCAACAUCAUUGCCACCACAGCCAACAACUAAUAGCUCUCAUCCUCAUCCUCAUCCUCAUCUAUACACAUCAUGAAAGAAACUAAAUGUACUACAAGUACCGGUAUAGAAGCCCCUGCGGCUCCGGUGGAAGACGAAGGCAAAGACUUGGAAGCAGCAGAAGUGGUCCCGCUAGUAACAGAAGCCACUGAUAAGGCUAAGGCCAAGGCUAAGGCCAAGGCUGAGGCCACCCAAGACUCAGGAUCAGGCACUCAGGAAUCCGCAAAAGCUGCAAAAGCUGAUACCGAUGAGAGUGGUACAUGUAGCAUCUGGGCUAUGCCAAUGCCAAGAGACAGCGGUGCUACUGAGGCCACCACUGAUAGUACAUGUAAGGUUAGCAAGGUUAGCAGGGGUAGCUUUGCGGUUACCGGUAGCAUGGGUAGCAUUACGGGAGAAACCAGGCAUCCGUUCCUGCAAGAGUUGGUAGAAGAUGUCGGAGAUCAGCGAGUCCCUGCGGCGCCCGUACCCUCGGGCAAGAUUGGUAAGAUACACAAGAUGGACGCUAACGCUCAAUCGCUGCCCUUGCCAUCUGCUUCAGGCAAUCCAGGAGCGUUUGCUGUGGAGAGUCCCAUGGCGUCUGCUUCCUCUACUGCUGGUACCAGUGUGCAGUUAGCGCCACCACUACCGGUAGCUACCACUCCAUCCACUGUCUCCGCGUUUGCUAUACAGCCACUCCCAGAUCAUGGAACCCGCCCAACAAGAAAUACUGAUCAGAUACAUCAAGGACCAGGGGCCGUUGCGGUCAGGGGCAGGCCCCUAUUUGCCACGUCAACUUCACCAGGACAAAGACAAAGACAAAACAAUACCACUGCAACCAGUACCAGCUCCAACCAGGGAUUGGCAGUUGCAAACUUGGUAGACGAGGAAGUACAUCCGGCAUUUCCAGCAGAACCUCAAAGUUCUACGGGUACAACUGCUACUCAAAAAACAAAAGACAAAACCAAGCAACUCAAGACCAAUAUCCUUCUGUUGGCAAUGCUCCUCAUUGCCAUUGCUACUGUGGCCAUUGCCGUGGUGGUUUCGGGAAACAAGAAAAACAAUACUGUGGCGUCCUCCGUGGCCCCUACCAUUUCCCCUUCUGCAGCACCGACAUCCCUGGAGGCAUCCAUUCUCUCUCUCCUUCCCGACGAAACCAUUUCGGCCAUUACCAACCAUGCCGGGUCACCACAAGCCAAAGCAUGGCAGUGGCUUCUCCAAGACCCCUCUCUUUCGUCCUUAUCAUCAUCAGAAGAACGUAUCCAGCAACGGUUCGCAUUGGCCACAUUCUUCUUUGCCACACAAGGAGACAAAUGGGCAGUCAAUACCCACUGGCUCGACUACACCGUACACGAGUGUGAAUGGUUCCAAAAAGAGGAAUUCGCCAGAAAAGAUCUCAUUGCCAAGUUUCUUCCCGGAUUCUUGACCAAUUUCUUUCCUUCCACCACAACAGUACCACCAAGAUGCAACGUUGAUGGUCUCCUACAACAGCUCUGGCUGGACCAGAAUAAUCUCGCUGGCUCAAUCCCAGAAGAACUCUUUUUGUUGACGAACCUCCAAACCGUGUCCAUGGCGUUGAACGAACUACAAGGUACCAUUUCCACCAAUGUAGGCAUGCUCACGGCACUCGAGGGUCUAUCCAUUGCAGAUCUUGAGGAUGCCGGAACCAUUCCGUCUGAGAUUGGGGUAUUGACUAAUCUCCGAUUUCUCAGCAUUGAUCGGAAUAACCACCAAGGAUCCAUUCCCAGUGAAUUGUGGCAGUUGACCAACCUCGACACACUGGGGUUGACCACACAUCCACAGCUCAAAGGGAGUCUUCCUACUGAAAUUGGCCUUUUCUCCAACCUCCGCUGGCUCAUUAUGGACAAUUGCGAUUAUUCCGGAACCAUCCCUACGGAAAUUGGUCUAGCAACCACUCUGGAAUGGCUCGUACUUCUCGAGAAUCGAUUUUCCGGAACUCUUCCAAGCGAAGUAGGAACUCUUCCCAACAUUGUUGUCUUCAGUGUAGCAGGAGACAUGAUGGAAGGGACACUUCCGACAGAGCUAGGACUACUGACGACGCUGACAUUGCUCCGGUUUGCUGAUAAUCAAUUUAGCGGCGCAGUCCCAACUGAAUUUGGACUGUUGACGGAACUCAACAUUACGCUGAGUUUCAAGCACAAUGGGUUUCUCACAGGAACCAUCCCAUCUGAGCUGGGGCUUCUUUCCAACUUGUACGAGCUCGAAUUGCAAGGAAAUCAAUUUUCGGGUCCGAUCCCAAAAGAAUUUGGCCAACUCUCCUCGUUGGGCCACCUCACAUUGGCCAACAAUUUGCUUUCCGGCAUGGUGCCUCUGGAAUUGUCAGCUCUGGGGGAAUCCCUCUAUGCGUUGACCAUGGAAGGCAACCCCUUGCUGCAGGGAACCAUUCCCGAAGCAGUGUGCAAUGUGAGCAGCACCUGUGUAGGCAAUGCCAUGCAUGUGUGCGAAGGGGAGGGCUUGUCAUUUGACUGUACAAACCUUUUGUGUGGUUGUGGCUGUGAUUGUGAUCUUAGAUAGCGCUGGCAGCAUUGUAACAGUGAGAAGGCAUUCAUAACAAAUGACUGCCAUACACUCUAGAUUGUCGUUCGGCAACGAAUCGAAUCGAAUCACUUCGUCGCGUACUCGGUAAAUGCAUUGUAGAAUUCGUGCUAAUAC